AGAAUUGAGAAUUGAGAGGCAGCGGCACUUAACGCAUAAGCUAACGACAAAGAAAAGCCCAUUAUCUAAAUUUGUCUGAUGUUGGUGCUAAGUUGCAGAGUGCCUAAUUAUCUAUUUAUAUUCAUUCUAUCCAAUCCAUUUGAUUUGAUAAUAAUAAAAUAAAAACCCCAAAACUUGAAAUUCUGAAACCAACCAAUCUCUCUUGUCUCUCUCCAUUGGUGGUGUAUGUAUGUAAGUAUGAUGGCGAAUUGUGGCAGGAGAGGUGAGUUGGUGAAUUCCAUGUUGCGCCGCGUAUUAUGGAGUCAGAGGAGGUGUUUCAGUGCCGUCCCUCGUGGCUCUACUGCCUCGUCUUCUUCUUCUUCUUCUUCUUCUUCGUCUCAGGACCUCAUUAACUUUGAAUACCAGCAUAGUGCUCACAAUUACCACCCAAUUCCCAUUGUAUUCUCUCAAGCAAAGGGUUCAUCCAUACGGGACCCAGAAGGCAACAGAUAUCUAGACUUUCUUUCUGCUUAUUCUGCAGUUAAUCAGGGACAUUGCCAUCCAAAGAUCAUGAAAGCAUUACAAGAGCAGGCAGAAAAGCUCACUCUUAGCUCUCGAGCAUUCUAUAAUGAUAAAUUUCCAAUCUUUGCUAAGCAUCUCACAAGCAUGUUUGGCUAUGACAUGAUGCUGCCCAUGAAUACUGGAGCUGAAGGUGUUGAAACCGCUCUUAAGUUGGCCAGGAAAUGGGGUUACAAGAAGAAGAAAAUUCCAAAAGAUGAGGCUAUCAUUGUUUCAUGUUGUGGCUGCUUCCAUGGUCGUACAUUGGCAGUCAUCUCAAUGAGCUGUGACAAUGAGGCAACUCGAGGUUUUGGGCCCUUGUUGCCUGGACAUGUUAAAGUUGAUUUUGGUGAUUUAGUAGCUCUAGAGAAAAUCUUUCAAGAAAAUGGAGAUCGAGUGGCUGGAUUUCUGUUUGAACCUAUCCAGGGAGAGGCUGGGGUUAUAAUUCCACCUGAUGGUUAUUUAAAAUCUGUCCGAAAUCUUUGCUCAAAAUAUAAUGUUUUAAUGAUUGCUGAUGAAAUACAAUCUGGCUUAGCACGAUCAGGAAAGAUGCUGGCUUGUGAUUGGGAAGAAGUUCGACCAGAUGUAGUGAUAUUAGGAAAAGCAUUGGGUGGUGGAGUAAUACCUGUAAGUGCAGUUCUUGCUGACAAAGAUGUGAUGCUUUGUAUCGAACCUGGAGAGCAUGGAAGUACCUUUGGGGGCAAUCCCUUAGCCAGUGCAGUUGCUGUUGCUUCACUUGAUGUGAUCAGAGAUGAGAAACUUGCUGAGAGAUCUACUCAAAUGGGAGAAGAACUUAGGAAUCUGCUAGUUAAGAUUCAACUGAAAUUCCCUAACUAUAUAAAGGAAGUUCGUGGAAGAGGCUUAUUCAAUGCUGUGGAGCUCAGUAGCAAGCAUCUGUUACCAAUUUCUGCUUACGAUAUCUGCCUAAAGUUGAAGGAAAGAGGAGUCCUGGCAAAGCCAACACAUGAUUCUAUUAUCCGAUUAACUCCUCCGUUAUCAAUGAGUUUGGAUGAGCUCCAAGAAGGUGUUAAUGCGCUUCAUGAAGUUCUUGAACUUGAUCUACCACUGAUGCAGAAGACAAAACCACAAAAUAUCUCCUCAGUUGCUCCUAGUGUUUGUGACCGCUGUGGACGAAACUUGUAUGGUCUCUCCGAAUGAAGAUAUCUGAAGUUGGAAUUGCAUAUCCAGUUUGAUGGGCAAUGUGGCUUAGCGAAUAAAUCUCAUAAGGGUUUCAGACUGAAAAUGGGCCACCUUCCAAUUUGUGAAGUCUUAGAAAUGAGGCACGAAACCUGAUCCAAUCCAAAUGUGCUCGUCGAAAGAAAUAGUGAGACCUUUUUACACACUGUAAUUAGAAAUUUUACACGGGUGUAGAGGCACUUAAAGGACAAUUUUUAAUGUUUAUCACUUUUAAUAAUCUUUAGUUUCCAUAUGAUUUAGAAUUGUACCCAAUAUGCUGUGUCAUUUUGCAAGUGCUCACCACACGUGAGCUCAUGGCCCUCUAAAACUUAAUUACGCAUUUAGUAUCUUUCUUCAUUUGAUUUUUUUUUUUUUUUUUUAGCCGUUUGAUUCUAGAUGAAUCACCAUCCAAUCAAGUUUUUGUUUGGAGCGUAUAAAUUCUUUUUCUAUUCUGGUUUC